AUGGACGCCAAAGAAUCUUGUUCUUUAGAACAUUUAAUGACUUUCCUUCGCCUAGAAGUACGAGGGGACAAGUUGGUGCAACUGGAUAAAUCCGGUUUGGGAACUAAUAUUAGAAAGAGAGAUCCCCCAACUGAACGGAUUAAACCUGAUGAUUCAAUGACCGCAUCAGCCCUGUUGAGUUCCGACAAAAAUGAUGGAAAUGGACAGGGGGACAGAAGAGAAUCUUCCGAAGAAGAUCCACAACGGUCCAGACAUGCGCCUUAUGACAUCAGGCGAUUUUUGAGGAGGCGAACGGGCACAGGUGGUCGACCAAGACCAGCCCGGGGAGCACAAAGAGAGGCUCCACCAAUUGGAUUUGAGGAGCAGAGAAGAACCACACGUGAGGAGGUUCGAGCUGAGCCUCCCGUGUUGGGACAGCUAGGACCGUCCGCCAGCGCGGUCUUUCAGGGGCCCUGGGUAUCAGAUGCCCCAGCCACAGAGUCACCUCCUGUAGUGGGAGCCACAAGAACACUACAGGAGAUUCUGGACCAGCUGCCAGAUCCCAUUUCUGCUGUUCCAGAGCAACGGCCACCUCUGCGGGGUGACUCGGAUUUGUUGCAGGUAUGUAUAAAUGUUGCAAUAAAACUUUUUACACUAAAAUUUGCUUACUAAAAUUUUUUCAU